AUGAAAUAUAGCAUUGCUUUGGCAAUCACCGGACCCUGGCACCAAGCCGAAUAUCGUUUCUUCUUUUACUGCACCAUUGUCCUCUAUUCAUUCCCUGUCUCGACUUUUCAUCUUCUUCCCGUCUCCUUUCCUUUUUCCUUUUCUAUUCUAUUCUGUCCCGUGCCUCGAAUUUUCGCUCUUAUUUUAUUUUCUUUCCUCCUCCUCUUCCUUACUUCACUUCUUUCCUUUUUCUCCUUUUCCUUCCUUUUUUCCUCUUCCUUAUUUUUUUCUCCCGCUUUUAUUCUUUGCUCCUUUCGUUUUUCCCUAAUAUCCUUUCUUUUUAUCUCUUUCUUUUUCUUUCUCGCCUUCCUUUAUUGUUCUCUUCUUUCUUUCUUUUGCUCCUUUACUAGUCUUUCCUUCUUUUUCCACUUCUUUUUUUUUUCGUUUUCAUUCAUUUUACUCAUUUCUCUUCUCUUAUCUAUUAUUCUUUUUCACGACGUCUUUUCUGCUCUAUUCUUCUUUUUAUCCUUUUUCCUUUCUUUAUGCUCUCCUCAUCUUCGUCCGCACCUUUUCUUUCCUUCUUUUCUUAUUUUUUUCUUUUUUCUCCUCCUCAUCGUCUUUUACCUUUUCAUUCUUCUUUUCUCUUCCUUUAUUUUCUACUUCCUUUAUUCCCGUAAUUUUUAUCCUCGUCUUCUUCAUUUCUUUCUUUUUCUUUCAGCUUGCACCACUGCCUUUUUUUUUCUCUCUCUCUCUCUCUCUCUCUCUUCUCCUUUUUUUUCAUUUUACUACGUCUUUCCAUUUUCUCUUGUCAUUUGA